AUGCCUAAGUCUCCAUAUAUCUUCUUCUGCCAAGAAAAGCGCCCACAGGUCAAGGAAGAAAACCCAGGAAUCGCUUUCGGUGAUAUUGCUAAGAAGUUAGGCGAAAUGUGGAAGAACCUUUCUGAGGAAGAGAAGAAGCCUUACAUGGAAAUGGCCGAGAAGGACAAGGAAGCUCAUAAGAAUGACCCAAAGGAGGAAAAGAAGUCCAAGAAGUCCAAGUCCAAGAAGUCCAAGAAGGAAGAAUCCGAAAAGGAAUCUGAUAAGGAAUCCGGAUCUGACGAGUAA